UCAAAUGUUUAAGCCGCUCAAGCUAUGCUUGUUGUUGUUUACGUUUCGCUGCUUGCCGAGAAAGACCAAGUUUAGAAAAUUGAUUGCAAAUUUAGUGGUAAUUCCGAGAACAGACGUAAAAUGGCCACAUCCGCUACACCGGUCAAUGCUGUCGAUCUACUGCAGCAGGCGCUGCAGUCCAACAUCAUUCCUAACCAGGAGUUUCUACUGCAGGGAUCGAUCCUGGACUCGGCUGCGGAGCAUUUGCUGCAUCGGUUGCGAGGGCUUUGUGAUAACGUUGAUACUCCUCCGGAAACUUUCACUGACUACGAGAUGUGCCUCAGUUUGAAGUUACCCAAUGAGAAGACCCCCGUAAUGACACUGCGUGUCCGCAGAGCUCAAGACGUGGACGCACCCUAUCAAUUGCGCUACAUCGGCCAGCCGGAACUGGGUGAUCGUACCCGACCUACCCUAGUGCGGAGCAGUCUGGACAUAGCGUGCACACCACACGUGGUUGAAUUUCUCACUGAAAUGGGCUUUCGGGUAGAUUUCGAAUAUAUCACACGAGGUUACAUGUUCCGUAAGGGUCGCAUGAAGGUAACCGUGUCCAAGAUUACGAAAGUCAAUGGAUCGGAGUCAAUCUCACAGAGCUACUUGGUAGAACUUUCCGUCCUGGCACCCACCGGUCAGGACGCGAUCGCAGAGGACAUGCGUAUCUUCGCGGAGCAGCUCAAACCCCUCGUCCAGCUGGAGAAGAUCGACUACAAACGGUUCGCCCAAAUGCCCUAGUAAAUCAAAGUAUUAAAUAAAGCUAAAAAUAUAUAAAUUA